GCCAAUCAUGGCAGCCACAGCCUCCCAUCAAACAACGAUCAAGCCCCUCCACCACGCUGCUCAGUCUCAAUGCCCGUGCUCCACCACAAGACACACCCACAAGACACCCUCGCCGCCCGGGGGCCCCUGGCCGAGGGGCCCCCUGGCCGUCGACGGUUGAAGACGCUGAGAGCAGCCCGUCGGGACCUGCCAACUUGGUCGGGGCCUGCCGCUGCCCGCCCUUCCACCCCUACCGCUCCUCGCCCUCCCACAUCCAUCUCCCUCCAUCUCCCUUCCCGCUCCUGCGGGUUCGCGAUCUCGUCCUCGUUCUUCCGCAUCAAACUCGCCCUUCCCUUCUUGCGCGGCUAAAGGCAGCGAGAAACAUUGCCUGUUUGCCAUCUCCCUCGCAUCCCAUUCAUGGUCUCGAUAUGACUUGACCGGCCCCAGAGGCCCCCUUUUUUUUUUUCCUUUCAUUCUCUUCUCCCUCUUCUGGCAAGCCCUCUCGCGCAGUUUUUAUUUCCUCGCGCAACCUUUCGUUUCCAACAAGGCGACUGGAAUCGCCAGAACCAAGCAACACUUUUCUCUUCAGCGCGCGGCGCCUGAAGACCCGACCGACAUAGACGACCGAAACACUCGAUUCGAUUCUACCGGGCACUCGACCGAAAGCGCUGGGCCGAACACACACGAACCCCGCUAGUCCGCAAGCCGGCUCCCGGACGGCCGCCCGGCCAACAUGUCCAACGCAAAUCUCCCGGCGGGGGCUUUCUUCACCCAGAUCAACGGCAAGAGGUGUACCGCCAUCCCCAGGAACGCUGGCGGCGGAGGGAACAACGGUGGUGGGAACAACAACAAUGGAGGUGGAAACAACAACAACAACAACGGCGGCGGCGGCAACGGUGGGCAAACGCAGCAGACGAGGACCACCGCGCCGCCGGCCAGGAACACGAGUGUAGCACCGCCGCAGCAGACAUCCAGUACGACGGCACCAGCACCAGCACCAGCACCACCACCACCACCCCUUCAGCAGCAACAGCCGCCUCCCCCAGCCCAGACCUCCUCGAGCCCAUUACCACCACCUGCACAAAUAACACCCCCCGCGGCGCAGCCCGCACCAUCAUCUCCUGCUCCCUCUCCUUCUUCACCCGCCCCGGUAGCCUCCUCACCCGCUCCGCCGCUGGUACCGCCAGUCGUGAUCCCAACGCCAGCAGCCUCCGCGGCGCCCAUGUCUAAGGUGCAGAACGGAGGCGCCGGAGGGAUCAGUUCUGCUGCGCCUAGCGAUGGGGCCGGGGUUGGCGCUACGUCGCAGAACGUUCCUCCUCCGCAGGCGGCGCCGCCACCGUCGCCGUCUGCUGGCACACCGAUAGCCAGCUUUUCGGUUACUCCCGAGAACCAGACAGCUGCGCCGGCCCCGUCGGCCCGGCCUAUCGUGUCUAGCAUAGCUGCUGAUGAUCUGCAACCCUCCACAGCCGCCACGGCUCCCCCUCCCCCGGCCGACGACCCAAGACCGUCGGCCAGCUCGCCCCUCUCGGCCACGCCGGCGAGGACAGGGGCGCCCAACAUAACGCCCCCUGCGGCGGACAACUCCCCUGCGAGGAAUUUUCCCCUAAUGACGACCAUCGGCACCGCGAACCCGACCGAUGUCCCCGCGGCCGGUGGCAGCGCCGCGACUGACGACCCGCAGGUCCAGCCCGUUGCGCAGGAGAGCGGGGGCGUCAGCACCACGACCAUCGCCGUGGCGGGCGGCGUCGCGGGCAGUGUGCUGCUCCUCGCCCUGAUCGCGUUCCUGAUUUGGUUCCUCAGGAAGAGGAAGCUGAGGAAGCGCCGGAGCACGCUACUGACCCCACUCUCACCUCCUAUAAAUAACGGCAGGUUCCCGUCCGAGAAGGCCGCGUCGGCCUACAUCAUAAACCGCGGCAGCAUCGGGCCAACGCCCCGUUCCGAGAAGCUCAAGGCCUCGCUGGGAUACGGAUUCGCCAAGGUGAAGGGGCGCGUCGGGGAGGCCCUGUCGUCCCGCAACGCCGGGGGCUCCUCGGGCGGCGUCAACAUGAACCGCGGCAACUCGCAGUUCAUGGAGAGCGCCGCCGCCGUCCCCUCGCGCUCCGACAGCAUGGCAUCCAAGGGCCCAAGCGGGGGCAACGGCGGCUGGCUCGGUGGCGUGGCCGCCGGCUGGCGCAAGAACCGCGAGGCCGACAGGGACGCGAACGACCCGUUCCGCGACGUGCAGGAGCGCAAGGCCCCCAUGACGACAGCCAAUAAUAACGGCGCCCAGCCCGACUUCCUGACGCUUCUGGGCAUGGACGACCGCCAACUCGAGCGCGAGGCGCAGCGAAAGCGCGCCAGCCGCAACGGCAGCGCCUCGUCGGGCGAUCACUUCCUCGGCACGCUCGGCCUGAGCUUCACGAACAGCAACGGCGGCAAGGAUGACCCCUUCAGCGAUGCCAACGCGCUGCAGCACCAGAGCGCCAAGCCGCCGCCGCUGCAAGUCACGACCAGCGGCCCGGGCAUGAACCCCUUCUCGGACGCCAACGCCAUCCGGCCGCCCGCAGUGGCCAAGCCGUCGACCUAUGUGUCAGACGUGAGGAGGUCUCGGGGUCCGUCCGUGUCCGCCGAGGGAGCCGCUGCUGCGGCCGGCAGCUCAAACGCCUACACCCGGGCUGCCGACAGCUACUACAACCGGGAGUCGGCCAGCAGCAUGGACAGCUUCCAAACGCGACGCAACAAGUUUCGAUCGGACCCCUUCGACCUGGAGCGGCCCGAGCUUCUCGGCCGGGUGACCAGCAGCAACCUCAGCACGGCGGGCAGCAGCGACCUGCCCCGGCUCAGCGGCACGACCAACAAUAGCGGCGUCGGCGGAAUCCAGAAGCCCGAGGCGGCACGCCAGCGGGCGAGGAGCAGCGCCGCGUCGUCAAAGUACUCGAGCGGCGUCAGUAGCCUCGGCGACUGGAGCGACCCCGGGCCGGACGUCGGCCCGGCCGCCAACAACAACAACCGGUACGAGCCCGUCAGCCCAACCGAGAGGGGCGAGAGCCCGACCCGCGGCCUCGGCGGAAGUCACGUGCCGCAGCAGGCGUCGAGGAGCGGGAGCAUCAAGAGCGCCGGUGUCGGGAAGGCGCUAUGAUAAUGGAGUAGGACAUGUGUUGUUGGCCUGGCCCAAAGACAAAAAAGAAAAGUGGUGUGAUGAGAUCAAGCAACCCCUCCCUAUCUGUUUUUUUUUUUUUUUUCGUGGUUUUGGAUAAUCACAUGCUUUGUACGAAUACGAUGAUUUUUUUUCUGUUCCUCAUGGAAGAUGUAUUUCCCAACUUCGGGUGGAAGAGCGCACCAUACCCCAUUUCUUUUUUGACGCAGCUCUCGCUCAUUUAUUUACACAAACCCCCACCGUGUUGCACAACAUGGGUGGCAACCUCAAUCUCUUCAAUUUCUAGAACACACACACACACACACACACA